GCUCGCCAUCCGCCACCAUCCGUCGCCAUCCGGCCCCAUCGGUCGCCAUCCGCGGCUCCCACGAUGCCCAUCCUCCUCCUCCUGGCCCUGGCCGUCGCCUCAACCCUGGGGGAGCCGCUGCGCUUCAAAGAUUGCGGCUCCACCGUGGGCACGGUGAUGGAGGUGAACGUGAGUCCUUGCCCCACGCAGCCCUGCCAGCUCCACAAAGGGGAGUCCUACAGCGUCAACGUCACCUUCACCAGCGACACCCAGUCUCAGAACAGCACGGCGGUGGUCCACGGCCUGGUGUUUGGCGUCCUGGUGCCCUUCCCCAUCCCCGAGCCCGACGGCUGCAGGAGCGGCAUCCGCUGCCCCAUCGAGAGGAGCAAAACCUACAGCUACCUCAACAAGCUGCCCGUCAAGACCGAAUAUCCCAGUAUCAAGCUGGUUGUGCAGUGGGAACUGGAGGAUGACAAGGGCGGCCGUCUCUUCUGCUGGCAAAUCCCCGUGCAGAUCACCAGCUAAGGGGCCGCUCGGCGGCGGGAUGCCGGGGCUGGGGGAGACGCCAGCCCGGUGCCAAAGGGAGACGGAGGCCAUCGCCACGCUGGCCACUUUCCGCCGGCCCCCCGCAUCCAGUCGCCCGGCGGAGCCACCGUCGGGAAGCGCGGGCUUGGAGGCGGGCAGGCGGAUCCUCCCCAUUCCGGGUGGAUUUCCCCACUUCCCCGCGUCGGGAGAGGAAAUCCUCCCCCCCCUUCCCAAGUGCCUGGCGAUGAAUUUUGGUUGAGCUUCCCGGCGUCCCCCCCAGCAAUAACCCGCUCCUCGUUAAACGCCGCUCUCCGGGGAUGCGCUUACCGCCGACACGGCCAUCGGCUUUGCGGAGGCCGGCUCUUUUUUUUUCUACUAAUCGGGAAAUUCUUUCAAUAAAGUCGGAGAAAUCCUC